AUGCACCAGUACGGCGCAGGGGGCGGCGCUCCUUGCGGCUUCGGUGUCGCCAACGCGUUGGCCUUCUCUAAGGUAAAGGCGAACUUGGGUCUGGACCAGGCCACUUCCUGCUUCACCGGCGCCGCUCCCAUCUCGGUCGAGUACGUUCACAAACUUUGCUCGCCUUCCUUUCGUAUGCUGCCUGAAAUAACCCAAAGAAGGUACACGUACAACCGUAGCUCACCUUCUUUUCGUUUUCUGCCUAAAUCAACCCGUAAAAGGUACAUGCACAACCCCGAGAAGACGGCGGAGACGAUUGACGAGGACGGCUGGAUGCACAGCGGAGAUGUAGCCACGUUCGACGAGGACGGAGACCCCAGGAUCGAGGGGCCCAGCGGCUUCAUGCGAAUCACGGGACGCAUCAAGGAGCUCAUCAUCACUGCCGGGGGAGAGAACGUGCCGCCGGUGUUGAUCGAGAACGAAUUCAAGACCGAGCUUCCGUGCAUCGCCAACUGCAUGGUCAUCGGGGACAAGAGGAAGUUCCUCACCAUCCUCAUCGCGCUCAGAUCCGAGCUGGCGGGAGACAGCCUGACGGCGUGCGAGAAGAUCGGCAGCGCGGCCAUCACCAUCGAGGGGGCCAAGGCAGACACCAAGUGGACGGAGUACAUCGACAAGGCCAUGAAGGCUUGCAACGCUCGCACGACGUCCAAUGCGCAGAGGGUGGCCAAGUGGGCCUUCCUCCCCCACGACUUCUCUGUAGAAGGUGGCGAGCUCACACCUACCUUGAAGCUCAAGCGCGGCCCGGCCUCCGAAAAAUACGCCGACAUCAUCGAGGGCCUAUACGCAUGAUUUCCGUGCAGCGCCAACAUCCUUUUCCGCCAAGCAGUGUUAUUGGAGGCGUGAAUCAGACGCCGAUUUUUUUUUCCGGGACCGUGUUGCUUUUUAAGACGGGACGAUAAUUUGGAUGGCAUCAAUGUGUGGUCGCGUUUUAGUCUCUCCUCGCGGCGUAUCCCACAGAUUUCACCUGCCGUCUUGUGGUCUACGCGUAGAACUAUUCGGCGUGUGCGCCGCGACGUGUUCGGCCGCUGAAAAUUCCGACGAGAUCGGAAUGUUUUUUGCUCGAUUUUGAUUUCACGUUUGUGUUCCUAGUGAUGAGACGUGGAUGGACGAAAAUCGUGUCGAAUUUGUUCUGUUCUCGUCGUUGCUUCGUCUAUUUCGUUGGUUUGGUUCUCCUGCAUGAUGUUCCUCCUCGCGUUCGGCGUGGUGCUUGCCGUUCCAGCUCAUGGCCCGAUGAUCCAGUUCCGAGUAAAAAAAGUGGCUUCCGUUUUUGACGCGGCGCGUUUGAAGCGCUUGCUUUUUUCUCCACCCUCACGGCGUGCUCGUGUUCGGAGCACCUGAUUAUUCACUCCUUGCUUGGAGAUGGAUCGACGGGCGUUAGCGUGUUGUUGCUGGCGCUACAUCGGCGUUCUAUGUUUCGCUGCGCUGGCUGGGUUGUGUUUGCAGGAAGGUUAGCGUUGUUUACGCCGUGAUUUCUCACUGCUGGGCGUCCUUGCCACCAAGCGUCGGCGAGGUCUGUUUUUGUUUUGCUGUUUUUUCUUCACUCCGAGCAUGUCGCCUUUAUCUGUAUCCUAGGGGGCGGUUUCUUCUUGGCUAUUAUCCCAGUUGGCAACUAACUGCUGGUGUCGCUUGGAUCUGUCGCCCGAACCAGGCUUGCUUGCGUCCACGCCGUUUGAUCGGCCGCCCGCCUCUUUCUUUUUUGUACUCUAUUGCAUGCGUAGUGGUUUUCUCUUCACCAGCGGAUUCACUUUUUUCUCUUUCAGGACUAAAGGACAAUCGUCGGAAGAAAAUAUUGAGUUAAGUUUUCAGCCC